CUAUUUAAAGUCGCGGGGCUCGCCCGCCCCCCGGGCCGGGAACCCGAGCCGCCCUGCCGAGGCCAAAGGCGCAGUCAGAGGGAGAACACCAGGCGCGGCGCGGGCGGCUCCGGCUCAGCUCCGGCCCCGGAAAGACGCGAUGGCGAGCAGCGACAGCACCUACGCCGCCGAGAGCUCUCUCGGCUCCGACGGGGACGAGGAGGCGACCCAAGAGCUGGAGACGGAGGAGGAGUCUGAGGGCGAGGAAGAUGAGACAGCCACGGAGUCGGAGGAGGAGCCGGACGCCAGGUUAGACCAGGAUGAAGAGGGCAAGACCAAGCAGAAAUGUAUCAUAUCUGACCCCUCCUUUUCCAUGGUAACAGUUCAACGGGAAGAUAGUGGAAUAACCUGGGAGACGAAUUCAAGUCGGUCUUCCACUCCUUGGGCUUCGGAGGAAAGUCAGACUUCUGGCGUGUGUAGUAUGGAAGGGUCGACUAUGAAUUCUUCUGCAGGGAAUGUUUCCUUUAUCGUGGAUGAAGUUAAAAAGGUUCGGAAAAGAAGGCCUAAGUCAAAGCAUGGCUCACCAUUGUUGCGUCGGAAAGGCAACAAAAAAAGAAAUUCUCUUGAAUCCCAAGAUGUUCCAGCAAACAAAAAAGAUAAUCCUUUAAUUUCUGAAAGCCAGGCACUAAAUAUCCAGAAAGAUAAGUCACCGAUUGGCAAUUAUGAUAAAAUGAGAAAAAAGACCACUUCAAAUAUACCUCCUAUUACUGGAGCAAUAUACAAAGAACACAAGCCAUUAGUGUUACGGCCAGUCUACAUAGGAACAGUACAAUAUAAAAUUAAGAUGUUUAAUUCAGUAAAAGAAGAAUUGAUUCCUCUACAAUUUUAUGGAACAUUGCCAAAGGGUUACGUAAUUAAAGAAAUACAUUAUAGGAAGGGGAAAGAAUCAUCCAUUAGUCUAGAGCCAGAUUUGGGCAAUCAUGAUUCUAAUAUAGUUUCCAGAGCAGGCAAAUUAGUCGCCCAAAGCAUAGAAGAUGAUAAAGGAAAAGAGCUUGCUUCACCUUGGGGAGGUGUACGCUCCAAAGGAUCAAAGUCCCUCACCUCCUCAUUGAUUCGUGAAGAUAAAAAGAAAAAUUAUGUUGGUUCUCCUCUAAAGGCUGCAUCUGCCACCAAGCACACAGUUUCCUCUUAUUCAAGUAAUGACACAGCAGAACAAAAAGCACAGCUCAACCCUCCACAGUCAGUGCCACAGCAGCCAGCCGAUGAAGCCAAACCCCGGGAAAUGGAGCCUUCUUCUCUUACUCCCGCUACAUUUGCAACUACGUUCCUGGAAACAGCAAAGGAAGAAUUUGAGCCUGAUUCUCAAGAAACUGUAACUUCAGAGCAUGAAUCUUCAGUCACACCAUCUUUAGUGGAUAACAUAAAGAAGGAAGAAGACAUCUAUUCCGCUGACCAUUCCAUUUCACUGGAGGCAAAGAAGGAUUCUAUGGAAACAGGUUCGCCAGGUCUGGCAGCAUCUAUCCAGGAAGAUUUUGGCCCAGAGAGAGAAGAACUGGACCUGACGUCACUAGAAAGGGCAGAACCAGUUUCUGAACAACUGAUCCCUCCUCAGCUCGAUGUCAAAGGAGAGAAGGAAGAAAGCAUGCCUGAGCCAUCCAUUUCUCCUUCUGAGCCACUAGUGUUAGAGGAAGUAGAGAAAGAAGGAAUAGAAACUUCUCUACCAACAGCUGCUACCCCUGAACCUGAAGAUUCUAAUUUAGUGGAAGAAGAGGUCAUAGAACUUGAUUACCCAGAAAGUCCAUCAGUUUCUGAGGAGUCCUUCUCACCACGUUUGGCCCCUGAGGUGGAGCAGAAAGAAGAGGAGACCAUUCCACCAUUACGGAUAACAUCCACACCUGAACAGGUUGCUUUGUCUGACGAAGAACGAGAGGAAAAUGAGUCUGUCUCUACUGAUUCUGCUUUCCUAUCAGAGUAUUCAGUCCCACAGGAUAUGAACCAUGAACUAGAGAAGGAAGAAAUUGAGCCAGUUUCUCCAUUCACUGUACCUGAACAUGCAGUUUUGUCAGAAGAGGAGAAUGAGGAAUUUGAGGCUCAGUCCCCAGCUUCGGCCUCUGCAUCUGAAAACUCUUUCUCAUCCUCCAUAACUGAGAAGACUCCUGAGUGCCAGUCACCGCUGUUUUCAACAGUUACAUCGGAACACGUGGUCCUGUCCAGAGAAGAAGCCUCAGAAAGUGGGCGUGACACAACAGAUUCCACAUCUGCUUCUGAAUAUUCAGUUCCAUCACAGGCAACAAAAGAGCCACUGAAGAAAACUGACCACAAGCCUCCAUUAAAAUCAAAAGCUGUUUCUGAGCACAUGAUUCUGUCAGAAGAAGAGGAGGAAGACACUGGGCCAUAUUCCCCAGAGGUGGCCCCUGUGUCUGAACACUCUCUCCCCUCACGCACACCUGAGAUGACUUCUGAGCGCCAAUCACCACCGCUUUCAACGGCUGCAUCGGAUCAUGCAGUGCUAUCAGAAGAGGACCUAGGAAGUGAGCGUUUCACGCCAGAUUCAACACUGACUUCCCAAUAUGCAGUUCCACCAAAAGUAACACAGGAAUUUAAAAAGAAAAUAAUUGAUGAUGUGUCCCCAUUAAAAUCAAAAGCUGUUUCUGAGCACAUGAUUCUGUCAGAAGAGGAGGAAGACACUGGGUCAUAUUCCCCAGAGGUGGCUUCUGUGUCUGAACACUCUCUCCCCCCACGCACAACUGAGAUGACUCCUGAAUACCAAGCCCCACCACUUUCAGCCACCCCUUCUGAAUCUGUGGUCCCAUCAGCAGAAGAGACAGUAGAAAUGGAGCGGUACACACCCUCUUCCACCUCUGUUUCUGAAUUUUCAGUACCACCAUGUGCAACACCGGAAUCACAGGAGGAAGAAAUUGGCCACAGAGCUCCUUUAAAUCUAAAGGGUCCCUCCUCACCCGUGAGUUUCUCAGAAGAAGAGCAAGAAGACAUUGGACCUUUUUCUCCAGACUCUGCAUUUAUGUCAGAAUUUUCAUUCUCACCCUAUGCAACUCAGGAAACAGAGAAAAGAGAAUUUGAGUCCGAUUCUCCAAUAUGUUUAACAUCACCAUCUGACCACACUAUUUUGUCAGAUGAAGACACUGAAGAAGCUGAACUUUUUUCUCCAGACUCAGCAUCACAAAGUUCACUCCCACCCUAUAAAAUCCCAGAAACAAAGAAAACUGAAAUUGAGCCUGAUUUACUGUUAACUGCAAUAUCUGCUCCAGGAUAUUUCUGCUUUUCAGAAGCCAAUGAGGAAGAAGUUGAAUCAACAGCUUCUACACCUGUACCUGAGCAUCUCAGUUCAUCACAGAAGCAACAAGAUGAACCUUCCCAUCUGACGUCUGCACCUGAAGACUUGAGUCUGUCACCUGCAACAAAUAAAGCAGAGGCAGCAGAUGCUCCAACAACUUCAGCGUCUGUAUCUGAAUAUCUCCUUUUAGCACAGAAGCAGGAAACUCAAGCAUUUUUAGAACCUAAGUCUGAAAAUUUGAUUCCACCAUAUUUAACCAGUGAAUCAGGGAAGGGAGAAACUAAGACUAGUUCAUCAGUAGCUACAACACCUGUUUCUUUACCUGCGCAACCAUCCACAGUAAAGGAAGAAACCAAACCUGUUUUGCCUACAUCUCAGGAUUCAGUUUCACUUGAUUCGGUCCAUGCACUUAAGAAAGAACAAGAACCCAAAGCAUUGCUCACUCCAAAAGCUGCAAAUGAACAGAUGGCUUCGUUAAAAGUUAAAAGUAAGGAAGAAAUUGUGCCCGACUCUCAAGAAGCUACAGUACAUGUAUCACAGGAUCAAGAAAUGGAGCCUCAGCCUCCAAAUGUUCCAGGAUCUGGGAUGAAAUAUUCAGUUCUGCCUGACUUGGUAGAUGAGCCAAAGAAGGAUGUCAAGCCCAAUUUAGCUCCAACUGUGACAUCUGAACUAGAACAGAGAAAGUUGUCAGGGAACGAGCCUGAAGUAAUAAAGCCAUAUUCACCUGUAAAAGAAACAUCUCCAUCUGGACCUGAGAUUUUAUCAGUAGUGAAAACAGAAGUGACACAUGAUUCUAAAAUAACUGGUACACCUAAAGUGCUGCACUCACCUUCACUGGAAGUGGAAAAGGGAGUUGAACAUAGACCAUCUGUACCAGAAUUUUCAGCUUUGUCUGAAAAAAUAAAGAAAGAAAUUGAACCCAGUUCUUCAAUAACCACAACAUCUGUAACUAAGCAUGAUUCAAGCUUAACCAAAUUAGCAAAAGAAGAAAUCCCAACAGAGUUAUCUCUUACCACUUCUACGGAACAUCCAGCCUUAACAAAAGUAGGAAAGAGUGAAUUAGAAAGUGGUUUGCCACCCCUGGUAACAUCUAUAGAUGAGCAUUCACUUCUUAAAGAAGAAGAAAAGGUAGCAAUUAAAGCUAUUUCUUCUCCCACUGAAACUGCUGCAUCCAAACAUCCAGCUUGGUCUGAAGCAGAGAAGGAAAUUAAAUUUGAUUCACCUCCAAGCAUAUCCUCUAUACCAGAGCAUCCUAUUUUGUCAAAGGCAAAAACUGAAGACGUUCCACUUGGCUUGCCAAAAACCCAAACACUGUCUUCUCAGCAGGCAGAUGCAUCUAAGGAAGCACGGGUAGAAAAUGAACAAGGUCUUUCAUUUUCUACAGCCCUCAACUCUGAGCGUUUGGUUUUAUCACAGAAAAAGAAUUCUGUGUCUGCCUCAGAGGUGUCAGGGCCUGAACAUGUGCUUUCACCCAACCUAGGUGAUGAGAUACAGAAAAAAGAAAAUGAACUUCUUUUCUCACAAAACGUGUCACCUGCUCCCAAACAUAUAGUUCCAAAAGGCAAAAAUGAGAAGAUGGCAAGUUCUUCUCUCGAGCUGGACAAUUUAGAGCCAGAUGACUUAGCUCUGACAUUACCAACCUUGGAUCAUGAUAAGAACAAACAGGCAAUUGAGAUAUCUUCUACAGCUCAGGGAGAUUUCCCAUCAGAAAAACAAGAUCUUGGUCUGACAGAGCUCUCUUUGGGACCAGAGAAGAGAGACAAGCCACACCAAGUAUCAGAAUUACCAAAUACUGGGUUGGAAUUCACUAGUGGUUUAGGUAGGCAAAGUGGAUCUAUAGAUACCAAACAAAUACAAUCUCCUACAACUGAAACAGGGGAUUCUGUCUUAGAAAAGAGCUUUGCUGAGCUUAGGAGCAGAGAAGAAGGAAAAGAAGAAAACAGGGAACUUCAUGGGUCAACUAUAGUGCCUGAAAUCCCAGAGGUUUCCUCAUUCUUUAAGGAGGAACCUGAGAAUCAAGAAAUUCAAUCUAUCUCUCCUAAGGUAGUCAGCUUAGAAUCAAAAAAACCAUUUACUUCUCUAGUUGAAGGAGACAACCAAGAAGAACUUCAGCCAUAUACUUUUGCUUUAAAAGGAUUAUCAGAAGAGUUGAACCAUUCAGCUGAUUUUGAAAGGGGGGAAAAACAAGAAAUAAGCUUAUUAUCGCCAACAGGAAAUUUGAAGGCACAAGAAACAGGAGAUACUGUAACUACACUAAAUGAAGAAACAGACCAACCAGAUUCAUUCCCUGUACCCCUGAGUAUAACCAAACCAUCAGAGAUUGCUUCUUCUGACCUCCUCAUAGAACAAGAGAAGCCUGAAAAAACACUUCAUUCCGAUCAGGCUGUUCAGUUACCUGAUGAAAGCACAUCUUUUGUGGAUAAAAAAGAGCUGGGUAUUAAACAACUUUCAAUUAUGAAAGAUAAUUUGCCUUUGGAAGAAUCAAAAUCAUUUAUGACAAUUGAGUCUGCAGAUGUUAAAGAAACACAAAUGAAAGAGGCCCUGAUUUCUCCAAAGGAUGAAAACUGGAUGCCGGAAAAGCCAGAAAGUGAUUUGGCAAGUCAUCAUGAAGAAAGAGCACUGGGACCUAUGCCGCUGGCUUCCUCCAGCAUCAGGGAUCUGAGGGAAGGGCAGCUCAAAGCUACUCUGUCAGACAAAGACCAUACUUAUGAAAUCGGAAAGCAGGUUCUGCCACAUUCUGCUGAAAAACCUCAUUUAUCAGUACAAGAACCAGUAUCUAGUCUUGAUAUCUCCAGUGGUGAUGUAGAGACCGUAUCAGCGAAAACUCCUGAAGAAAUAAAGCUGGCCCCCAAACCAAAAUCUUUAGUUCCCGCUGGGAAUGUACAGAGAAGUGAAGCAGAGAGGAAGCAGAUACUUUCUUUCGUGGAAAGUAGUUCAAUAUUGGAGAAAGCAAGCACAGAAUUUUCUAGGCCUAGCAAAGAAGACAACCGGGAAGAAACCAAACUACCUUCUGAGAGAAUCCUCCAGAAACCAGUGUCUGGCCCAUCAGCGGAACAGGUCAAAUCAGAAAUGAUUCUCUCCCCUGCCAAAGAAGCCCAUUUCCUGGCAGAAGAUAUAGAACCUGCUGCGCUGGGCAAUAGAAAAGAAGCACACAGGAGUAUAUCUCCUUUACCUGGAGAGAAGCCAUUAGAAGAAUCAAAAAUGAUUCAGUCAAAGGUUGUAGAGGAUGCUAAUGAGAGAGGGAAACCAACAUCUGAAGUGAAAAUACCCACACAAAUAAAACCUCUCUCCUCAAUCCAAGAAAAGGAAGCACUUCAACCCCCAGAAUCAUCUGAGGUGACACAAAAGCUGCCUAAGCAGCCAAAGACAGUUAAACCAGGACUUUCUGAGGAAAAGGGAAAGAAAGGAAUUUCAUCUUUUACGUCGUGGAUGUCCAAUUUGUUUUUUAGAUCAAGCACUACAGAUAAAGUUGCUGAAAAAGAAGAUUUAGAAACUCAGCCAAGUCCAUCUGAAGAAAAAGCAGUGACUGUGACAGAGCCUAAAUGUAUAGCUCCAGAUGACUUUAAUGCAACUGAGAAAGCAGCUGACCAUCUGUUGCCAGAGACAAAACUUACACCUGCUGAAGAAUCCAGAGGUGCUUUGGUUAAAUCUGGUGAAGGCCAAGACUUUAAAGAAAAACCUACACUUUUAUCAAAUGUAGAUUUACAACAGCCAAAAUCCAAAUUUGAAGUGUCCAGUGAAGAUCAUGGCAAAAAAGAAACCCUAGACUAUUCAGAAGAAAUGGACCUAAACUCAGUAGUUACUCCUGCUGGUGAGGAACAUCUUGGAAUUCAAUCUUCUUCUCCCACGGGUGAGAAAUCCAUUAUGGAAGAAGCCAAAAACGCUGUUCCUCUUCAUGUCACUGAUAGUAAAAGAGCCCAGAAGCCAGAAAUCUCUCUUCCAUCUAAAUGGAAUAUUUCUAUUGUUGAGGAAGAGCCAAGAACUUAUCAAAAAGAAAAAUCACUCUUUUCAUUUGAUGCAGUAGAUAAGGUGCCACAGCAGCCCAAAUCAGCUUCACCUAGCUUCACAAGUAAAAGUACCAUGAAGCUAUCAGAGAAGCCAGAGCCAAUACUUUUGCCCGUAGAAGACUAUAAAGGCAGUCUAAUCGAUCGUGGUGAAGACGGACUAAAGAAAGAAAUGUCCAAACCUACUUCCUUGAACAUUUCUGAAGAGGAAAUAAAACUCAGGCCUGUUAGCCCAACUGAGGAGAAAGAGAACUGGGAAAAAGGAUCAUAUUUUUUGGCAGAAAAGAUGAUGCUGGCAGAAAAACAAGAAACUGUGGCCCCAUUAGAGCUAGGAGAUAAUAAUGAAAUUGGAAAGGCACAAAUUACACAUAGAUCUAGCCCUCUUAAAUCGGAAGAAUCAAAAGCUGCUGCUGUGCUGCAGCAAGUUUAUCACAAUGAAGACCACAAAGAAAGACACAAAAUUAUUGAGGAGGAGAAAGGAGAAGAAAAAGCAAAGCAGUCACAGGUAUUUUCAGAAGGAGAAAAGCAGCAGGAAAUUCAGCCUCGUUCUGUGAAGGUAGCCAGGUCUAUACCUGAAGAAUCAGAUAGUUCUUUAAGCAAUUCUUUGGGUAAAACUCCACCAUUUUCAUUAGUUAAAACUAUGUCAAUUACUGAAAAAUCAGAAAGUCACAGUAAAGAAAAGGGACAGAUCACAGUGUCAGAGCUGUCCAAAGGUGGUUCAAUAGAUAUCACAAAAGAAAGGAUGAAACAAGGAUCUCCAUCUAAAGAACCCGAAAGGAUUUUAGAUCGUCCUGUGGAUGAAACAAAGACCUUAGAAACACCGUCAUAUUUGUUAUCUGCGAAACCACAAACACUUGAUUCAGGGGCUUCUCCAGAAAUUAGUACAGUAAUGAGCAAAGAAAUUAGUACAGUGAAGAGAGAAGAAUUGACUCCAGAUAGGCCUACAGUCCAUACUAUUCAAACAUCUAAAGAGCAAAUAGCCGAAACGCCUGUUCUUUCAAAGCACCACUUGGAGGCUAUAGAAUCAGUUUCUGUGAAGGAACCACCCUCUUUAGCAAGCAGCAAUUAUGCGCAAUUCAUAAGAAAUGCAUCAACAACCAAUGCCGAUAAAAUCAGUGCCGAUACUAGAGAAAUAUCCAAGGAGCCUGAAGAAGGUGAAGAAUUUAAAAUGACUAGCAAGCCAGCUGGACUUUCCGAAGAUCAAAAAAGUGCCUUCAGUAUCAUUUCUGAAGGCUGUGAGAUAUUGAAUAUUCAUGCUCCUGCAUUUAUUUCUUCAGUGGAUCAGGAAGAAAGUGAACAAAUGCAAGAUAAGUUAGAAUAUCUGGAAGAGAAGGCCUCAUUUAAAACUCUACCUCUGCACGAUAGUGAGGCAGUUGCUUACCAUACAACAUUAAAGGGUAACUUAGAAGAUUCUGAUAAAAAAGUUACAUCAUUGAAAGAAAAUAACCAAAAGGAAACUCAUAAAACAAAAGAGAUAUCCACAGAUUCAGAACCUGGUGAUUUGGCCUUUAAUCAGCCCACAAUUCCCAGUGAAGAAGAUUAUUUUGAAAAAUAUACAUUGAUUGAUUAUAAUAUCUCCCCAGAUCCAGAAAAACAGAAAGUUCUAUCGAAAUUAAAUGUUGAAGCGGAACUCUCAAAGGACAUUCCCAAAGAAACGACCUCUUUCCCAGAAAGUUCAGAGGAAAGUGCCCUGGAAUGUGGGUAUGACUUGGUGGAAUUAGAUGAAAGUUUUUAUGGACCAGAAAAGGACUACAACAAGUUAUCUCACCUAGAGACCCAAAAGUCUUUGGUUAUCCAAAAAUCAUCUGACAGAGAUGCUCCAGAGAGUGCAAACAGAGAUGUGGACUCAAAGUCACCUGGGAUGCCUUUAUUUGAUGCAGAGGAAGGAGUUUUGUCACGAACCCAGAUAUUUCCUACCACUGCUAAACCCAUUAACCCUGAACUUCUGGAGGAGCCACCUGCGCUUGGAUUUUUAUACAAGGAUCUGUAUGAAGAAGCAGUUGGAGAGAAAAAGAAGGAAGGAGAGACAGCUUCUGAAGGUGACAGCAUGAAUUCUGAGGCAUCGUUUCCAAGCAGAAAGUCUGAUACUGAUGAUGGAACGGGAAUAUAUUUUGAGAAGUACAUACUCAAAGAUGACAUUCUCCAUGACACAUCUGUAACUGAAAAGGACCAAUGCCAAGGUCUAGAAGAAAAAACAGUUGGUAAGGAUGAUUCAUACCAGCCAAUGGCAGCAGAAGGGGAAGUUUGGGGGAGGUUUGGAACCGUUCUUGGGGAAAAGAGUGUGGAAGAGGAACAGAAAGCUGCUUACAGGGAAGGAGAACCAGGAGGCCAUGUGGAGACCUUUGACAAUGUAGCUACGCAUGAGAAAGCUCCCAUUACUGAGGAAGUCAGAGUGGUUACCCAGAAGGUAAGCUACGCAGUUCCAUUUGAAGACACCCAUCAUGUUCUGGAGAGAGUAGAUGAAGCAAGUAAUCAGAGUAAUGAAGCAGUCAGUGCAAAUCCCGAGGUCAAUGUGAAUGUCCCAAUACAAGUGUCCUUCCCAGAGGAAGAAUUUGCAUCUGGUGCUGCUUGUGUUCAGGAAACGCUGCAAGAAGCACCUACCGUAAUGGUCUCACCUGAGCCAAGUGAAGCUAGGCUCCGCAAUAGCCCUAUUCAGGAUGAGUAUGAAUUUGCCGAAUCCAUGAAUUAUGAAGUGGUUACUCAAGACACUUUAUCGGAAGAACUGUUUUCAGAAUCUACCCCUGAAGAUGUGUCAUCUCAAGGAAAGGAAUCCUUUGAACACAUCAGUGAAAAUGAAUUUGUAAGUGAGGUGGAGCAAAGUAUGUCUGCUGAACAGAAAGAGUUGGACAGAAAGAGGACAGAAGAGGACCAGCUAUCAUCAGAGUUAGUUGCUGAGAAGGAACAAAAGGAACCGAAAAAGUCGCAGGUUGACUCAUAUUGCUACACUUGCAAAAGCCCAAUUUCUGCUGUUGACAAGAUGUUUGACACCCACAAAGACCAUGAGGUUUCAACGCUUGAUACAGCUAUAAGUGCUGUAAAGGCUCAGUUAGCAGAAUUUCUGGAAAAUUUACAAGAAAAGUCCUUGAGGAUUGAAGCCUUUGUUAGUGAGAUAGAAUCUUUUUUUAACACCAUUGAGGCUGGUUUUUCAUUUUUGUUGUUAAUUAGUUUCUCUCUCUCUCUCUCCCUCUCCCCCCCAUCCUCCUCCUCCCUCCUUCAUAAGUCGUUUGAGGAAAUCAAUGAAAGGUUGCUUUCUGCCAUGGAGAGCACUGCUUCUUUAGAGAAAAUGCCUGCUGCAUUUUCACUCUUUGAACAUUAUGAUGACAGCUCGGCGAGAAGUGACCAGAUGUUAAAACAAGUGGCUGUUCCACAGCCUCCGAGGUUAGAACUUCAGGAACCAAAUUCUGCCACUAGCACAACAAUUGCAGUUUACUGGAGCAUAAACAAGGAAGAUGUCAUUGACUCAUUCCAGGUUUACUGCAUGGAGGAGCCACAAGAUGACCAAGAGCUAAACGACUUGGUAGAAGAAUACAGAGUCACAGUGAAAGAAAGCUACUGCAUUUUUGAAGACUUGGAACCUGACCGAUGCUAUCAAGUGUGGGUAAUGGCUGUGAACUUCACUGGUUGUAGCCUGCCUAGCGAAAGGGCAAUUUUUAGAACAGCACCCUCCACCCCCGUGAUCAGUGCUGAGGACUGUACCGUGUGCUGGAAUACGGCCACCAUCCGAUGGCGGCCUGCCAACAUGGAGGCCACUGACACCUACACUCUGGAGUACUGCAGACAGCAUUCACCAGAAGGCGAGGGCCUCAGAUCUUUCUCUGGAAUUAAAGGACUCCAGCUGAAGGUUAACCUCCAGCCCAAUGAUAAUUACUUUUUCUAUGUGAGAGCCAUCAAUGCUUUUGGGACAAGCGAACAGAGUGAAGCUGCCCUCAUUUCCACCAGAGGAACCAGAUUUCUCUUGUUGAGAGAAACGGCUCAUCCUGCUCUGCAGAUUUCCGCGAAUGGGACAGUGAUCAGCUUCACCGAGAGAAGACGGCUGACAGAGAUCCCAUCCGUGCUGGGUGAGGAGCUGCCUGCCUGUGGCCAACAUUACUGGGAAACCACGGUCACGGACUGCCCAGCUUAUCGACUUGGCAUCUGCUCCAGCUCCGCUGUGCAGGCUGGUGCCCUGGGACAAGGGGAGACCUCGUGGUACAUGCAUUGCUCUGAGCCACAGAGAUACACAUUUUUCUACAGUGGCAUCGUGAGUGAUGUUCAUGUGACUGAGCGUCCUGCCAGAGUGGGCGUCCUGCUGGACUACAGCAACCAGAGGCUCCUGUUUAUAAACGCCGAAAGUGGACAGUUGCUCUUUAUCAUCAGGCACAGGUUUAAUGAGAGCGUUCACCCUGCCUUUGCCCUGGAGAAACCUGGAAAAUGUACUUUACACCUGGGGAUAGAGCCCCCGGAUUCUACGAGGCACAAGUGAUCCUGGGCUUUCAGAGUUUGAAAGAGCAAUAACUCAAAUGUAGGGGGUCUAUUGUUAUUUCCUUUGGGUGCUAUACAUUAUUCAAAAUGUCUCCCACACAUCUGCAGGAAUGACAGCUACAUGCGCAGUGAUCAGCCCAUGAGCCAAACCACCAAGGAAAUCUUGUCUUUCAAGGGCAGCGUGUGAGUAAAGAGGAUGGAAAAAAACAACCUCCACCGUUUGGUUUAUAUACAUUUGAGUUCUUCCCGAAAUUCAAAGGAUUUGUACCUGACUUGGGAACCAAAAUAGAGAAAUGGAUUUCAACCUGUUUUAUUGGUAAAGGAAAGUCUUGGAUGGACAGGUCUGAGUGAAGAGGGAAGAUUGUGCUAGGAAUACAUCUCCUCUGACAAACACAGACUUUUUCCACAAGAAAAAUGUGACCUUUGCUUCAUUCACUAAAGGAUGAUGAAUCCUAAUCAUUAGAGAAAGUGUGUUAACCAUUCUAAGUUGAUAAUGAACUCUUUUGUAAUAUAUGCUGUAGAACACGGGUCUUUUUUCCCUGAAAUUUUAAAUGCAGUAAAGUGCUAGAUAUUAGAAAUCUACAGUUUGUUAAAUAAAUGGUUAGAGUCUAUAAAA